AUGACUCGCAGAAAGUCAGUGCAAGAGCUCGUAAAGCCCCUUCGAAAACUAUCGCUGUUGCCGUCAGCCAACAACCACAGCUUUCAGCCAGAUCUCGAGUUUGUUCCCGAACAGAUUGAUCUGUCAUCGCCGCCAUACGAGCAUGAGCAAGCCGACAUCAUCAGCCUACUUCCAAGAGAAGUGAUUUUCAAAAUAUUCUCAUUGUUGACUUUCCAAGAUCUCAUUACAGUUCAAUUGACUUGUCGUCUUUGGAAAAGACUGACUCAGGAUACGUCCAUCUGGCGAAGCAGACUCUCUCAGCUCAACUCGAGGUUUGUGGACAUCUAUGCGCAUCAGCCAGCCAAAUCUGUAGAGGCAACCGCUCUGCCGCUCAAAACGAGAUACUGCCAAGCAAUCACAUUUGCCAAUUGGAGGAUGGGAACCGUGCAAAAUGCAACAAAGCUAGACGACAACGACGGCCAUCGACUGUUGUCUGUCAAAUUACGAGAUGGGCUCUUGAUCACACUGGCAGAGGACAACAUGGUGAGGUUAUACCAGUACACAACCGAAGCAGGCUUCACGCAUAAGACGACAUGGUCAUUUGGUGAUCCGACCCAACAACCCAGCAACAUGGUAGAAUGCAUUGAUAUUUUGCCAGACAUCAAUAUCUUGGUGGUGGCACAACGAGGAUCCAAAUGUAUGUUUUACGACAUCACAAAGGGGCCAAAGCACGAUCCAAUUCAAGUGUUGAAAGGCGGAAGUCAUCCUUGGUUCGUGCCUGAUUCCAUCUCGGUGAAUCAGGACUAUUUUGCCGUAUCAGGUCGAAAACCUUCGGCCGUAUUUGUGUGGAAUUGGAGAAAAGGAGUACGAUUAUCAAAUAGGGCGUUUGACAAUCAACCUCACAAUGUCUUCUUAUCAGGAGAUAACUUGAUUACAGUGAGCGUGGAUGGAUUACUGCAUAUAUUUGAUAUCUUUGAUAAUACAGGUGAAGCCUCAUCCACGCACUAUCUCAAUCCAUGCAGCAUACCAUGCAUUGAAUAUGACAAUGCACUCAGCAUUAUACUCGCACCGCAUGCAUCUCGACGUAUACACCACUAUCGAUGGCGCGAGGCUACACCACCAUCUCCUCUGCCCUCCAGCAGCGAUAGUGAACAGUCAGAUGAUGCACCUAUACCACAACCUUCGGCAUCUGUGCCCGUUAUACCUCGAAGAAGAAGACUGUCUACUACGUUCAGCAAUCUACUAGGCCUGAAAUCCUCAACUUCCUCUCAUCAUAUACCCACUUCAUCAUCCUCCACAACCCUACAUCACUCUGCUAACAGUAGCAAUCAGCCUCGGCCAUCUACAUCUACCAGCACACUGCUCAAGAAAUCAUCGCGCGAAUUCUACAAAUCUGUUCGCAUUCGCCGCCAUUCAUCCUACAACGACUAUGGAUAUGCCUGUCAAAUGAAGACGGAUCAAUACAUCAAACAGCACAUCAAUAGCUUGGCGCACAAAGUGACACCGCCGCCAUUGCCCAAGUUUGACGAGAGACCACGUCUUGUCCAUUCUAUACGCACGACGCCUUUAGGAAACUCGGCCAAAGAAAUUGUCAAUGUGGCCAAGCAUGGUGAUCGCGUAGCCACUGUGAAUCGACACGGUGACAUCUCACUAUACGCCCUCAAUGGAACAACGGCAGCCAGAGUCACCUACUCUUUGCAUGAAAUCCAAGAUUGGAUGGAGCAGCCUAACGAUAUCAACAGAGAUGACGACGAUCUGUCUGAUGGGUAUGACUUUGUCAGAUCGAGGCUAGCUAUGGGAUCUAUGGGAUUAGUGUAUGGCUCCAAGAACGGAUCGCUUUGGUGGCUGGAUUUCGGAUGCAGAGCCACAGUGCCAACAUGA